CUUUCACGAACUCGAUCAUGUUCCCCAAGCUCACCUUCGCCCUCCUCCUCACUCCCCUCCUCACCCACGCCCAAUCAAUCCCCGGCCUCCCCGCCUGCGCUGGCUCCUGCUACGCAUCCGCCCAGGCCUCCUCUGGAUGUUCAUCCGUCGACAUAGCGUGUAUCUGCUCUAACACCGCUUUCAUUGAGUCGCUUGUGGGGUGUGUGUUGAGUGGGUGUGACGCGGCGGAUCAAGCUACGGUUUUCCAGUUUGCGCAGACGUUUUGUGGGGCGGCUGGUGUGUCAGUUAAUCCGAGUGGAAUUGCGAGUGCUUAUAGUGCUACUGCGGCCGGUACGGGUGGGGGGACGACGUCGUCGUUGUCUGAGGGGGUGGUGACAUCGAGUGUACCGAGCGUGUCGACGGUGAGCGCGAACGCGUCCGCUGCAGUUCCAACUUAUUGCGAGGGUCUUGUCUCCGUCUACGAAUAUUUCGCCAACCUCUCUUUUGCCUGCAACACCACCUCGAACUCCACGAACGCUACCUCCGCCAAUGCCACUGGUACCUCCACCGCUCUCCCCUCCUCCUUGUUCACCGAUGUUCCCAUCAACCUGAACAUCACCGCCAACGUCACCAACUCCACAGCCAGUCUUACCUCUGGAUCAUUCUGCACAGACAUCCCCUCCAUACUCGCCGACGUCUACCUCGCUCUCGGGGCUUGUGCCUCCCCGUCCACUUUCCCGAAUGGGACGGAUGGAGCGACGAAUUAUCUGAGUGAGUUUUGGAGUGAGUGGUGUGAGGUGCAGAAUGCGACGGUAAGUGAGGGAGAGCCCUUGGGGUAUAGUUUUGUGUGUGUGAGUACGAGUGCGGGUUUAACGAUUACGGCGGGGGUACCGGUGGAUAGUACCGUGGUCGCGACGAGUACGAGUAUGUGAUAUGUAGACAGGUAAGGGGCGAGGAAGUGUUGAUUAUAUGUUAGCCAAGUCUUUCAUGCGAACCAAUCUAGCUAUAUCACUACAUGAGCU